AAGCAAUUUGGACGCUCCUAGGCAGCUUGCACGCGUGCUUGCGAACGUUAGUAUUCCCUCUGAGCAACAAAACGCCAUUUAAAGUCACGAAAUAAUCAUCCCGAUGCUUAAUUACGAGAACACUACUUGAAUGUUCCCGCUCGUUUUGAUCCCCAGAUGAUCGUCGCUUGUCGAGAUGUGAGCCUGCCCUAUUGGUGGCCUUUCUAGAGAGCGCAGCACAACAACAACAACAUUCAUAUGGCGGUUGUAUCGGUUUGUGUCGUGUAGUGUGGACGUCUGAACGUAUAGUUUUGUUGUAAAGACAUUUCUUGUCUUGCCCUUCUUUCUUUGAAACUGGUGGGUGCUAUACGCCUUGCAGCAUGAAUGAAGAUGAGGACGAAGUCAUUCAAGAGAUUCCAGUCUAUGUUUCCCAAACUUUGGCCAAACAGCUCUUCAUCUAUCAAUAUCCCACACGACCUGCAAGUUCAUCAGGCGCUGAAAACAUCAUUGUCAAGAGUUCUAUCAAACCCCAACUCCAGGAAGUGGAGUUGGAGAUGAGCAUUGACACUCGCUCAAGCAACUAUGAUACGGGUAGAGGAGAGCAAAUUGCCAUUAAUGCAGAUGGUGUCGGGAGUGCUCUCAAAACUGGUGAAGAAUCGGUCUUCCCAAGUGGGAAAAUGGAUCGCAUGACAUUGAAGUCAAGCCGCCUAUUAAGUGAUACUAGCAAUUAUGCAAUAGGAGUGUUGAAUGAAGGUGAACUACAUUUAACACCUUUGAAGGGUAUAGUCAGCCUCCGGCCUACAUUUAGCUACCUUGAUAAAUCAGAUAAAAGGCAAGCUAACAAGAAUCAAGAGGAAUUGUCUGGGGGUGAAGAGGAAGAAGAAUUAAAGCAGGUUAAUGUUAAAUUUGCUCGUCAAGAAAGUGAAAGGGUCAAGAAAGCUCGAGAGCAAUCUUAUGAUUAUCAUAAUAAACUUAGCUCAAGUGAACCAUGGUAUCAUACAGAGUAUGUAAUACCUCAAACUGAUGUGGCAGAAUUGGAGCGUGCCAAAUUGUAUUGCUCUAAUAUAUCCGAACAAGUUGCUGAUCUUAGUCUUAAUUCAACGGAUUAUCUAAACUACUUAAUUGAUUCUGAUGCAGUUGAUGAAUCAACAAGUGGAGCUUCUAAACGAUGUUUAAAAUCAAUGAAUUUAGCCGACCAAGUCAGGUCAAUUAUGAAGGAAGCUCGCCUCCUUUCUUUUCGGCACUUAAUGUCCUUAAUUCCCAAUGUUGUUGAUGUUCAAACUGUACUGAAAGCAGUGCAGACUGUUGCCACUCUUGUUCGAGGAAAUUGGAUUGUGCGCAGUGAUAUUCUGUACCCUAAAGAAACCUUUAGUGCCUUAAAUGGAGUUCCUGCUGAAAUUAUGGCUCGUAGCCGGGAUUAUGUGCUUCUUCAAUUCACUCAGCACAAAUAUUUGGACAGAAUCGCUCUAAACAGAACUGUAAAAUUACCUACUGCUGAACUACUAGAAAUUUUACAGGGUGUGGCCUCACUUAAAAAGAACAAAGGUUGGGAAUUGCAGCUGUCUGUUGACAGGGAGUUUAUUGAAAGGCAUUCAGAAAUAGUUCAUCGUCAGGAGUCUUUCUGGGAAGCCCGUCAACGCUCCCUUAAUGAAGCUUUUAGACAUAAACAACAGACACCACCUACAUCUCCUACUAAACCUAGAGGUCCUAGAUCUGGAACUCGACGGCGAGAUUCAUCUUUCAGUUCUGAUGGUGAAAGUCGCAACCCCCCAUCUCGUCAAAGAAAAAAGUCUCACUCCCAGUCAACAGCUGAAAUGGAACCUACGACCAAUGGAACAAGUGAUACCCAUAUGAGUUCUCGAAGGAAAUCAACCAGCAUAUCUGCAGAUUCAGAUAGUGGUGCUGAAACAAGACAAUUAAAUAAUAACUCUAACCAUGUUACUUUAACAAACAAAAGGAUAAAGAAGAGUCCAAGUGAGGAAAAUAUAGAAUCUUGACAAAGGUAUGAUCUAGUUGUGGCAAGACCCAUUGUGAUUUGCUUCUAGGUGUUGUUCAAUUGUGUCCAACAUUAUUGUGUUUAACAUUUAUGAUUUGUUACUUAUUUAAAGAGAGGAGAACUUUGUAUAUUUCAUUGAAGUUAUGUUAAUGUGCUAUGCACAUUAAUUUACAAUACAAAUUGACAAUUGGU